CGACCACGCUCAUGGCACCGACGAAAUCGCCCAAAGGGCGGUCUUCCUCCUCCUCUAUCUCCAUCGCGAAGGUGAAAGGAGAGAACUUCUAUCGCAAUGCAAAGCAGGUCGCUCGUGCCAAGAUGCUCACCGGAGGAAAAGCCGUCCGGGACAAGGACGGGAACAUCGUCCAAGCUGCUGCGUUCCAGAAGGGAGAGGAUGAGACGAAACCGGGACGAGUGCAACCUGACAGGAGGUGGUUUGGAAAUACACGAGUGAUCUCGCAAACAGCAUUGGAUCACUUCCGGACGAGCCUAGCGACGAAGAAGGACGAUCCAUACUCUGUUCUACUGCGACGAAACAAGCUUCCGAUGGCUCUGCUCGAUGACGCUGCUAAUCCUAAUCUCCGCAAGCGCCCGCACAUCGUAGAGGUGGAACCGUUUGGAGAGACGUUUGGACCCAAGGCUCAGCGAAAGCGACCACGCAUCGACGCUGGCUCUUUUGAUGAAUUGAGCAAGCUAGGAGCCGCUGCUGCCGGAGAGGCUGCAGAUGCUGCUCACGAGAAAGGGACAGGCACUGUCGAGCGACUCGCUUCGUCGAUCACUGAGCCUCAGCUGUACGCGGACUUUCACGAGCCCAUUUACGCCAAGGGAACCUCGCGACGAAUCUACGGAGAGCUGUACAAAGUCAUCGAUUCCUCUGACGUGAUCCUACAUAUCCUCGAUGCUCGGGAUCCCCUGGGGACGAUGUGUGAAUCGGUACUGGAGUACAUCAAGAAAGAGAAGAGCCAUAAGCAGGUUGUGUUGGUCAUCAACAAAUGUGAUCUAGUCCCGAAUUGGGUCACCGCGAGAUACAUCCAACAUCUGACACCGCGUUACCCAACCAUCGCUUUCCAUGCUUCUCCGAAUCACUCUUUCGGGAAAGGCUCGCUCAUUCAACUUUUGCGGCAGUUUUCGCAACUGCAUUCUGACAAGAAGCAGAUCUCUGUUGGUUUUAUGGGUUAUCCCAACGUUGGAAAGAGCAGCGUCAUCAACACAGUGAAGAGCGGGAAGGUUUGCCGUGUCGCACCUGUUCCCGGUGAAACCAAGGUCUGGCAAUAUAUUACACUCACUCGGCGGAUAUACCUCAUCGACUGCCCUGGCAUUGUGCCAACGUCGGCCCACGACACCGAGACCGCGACUGUGCUCAAGGGGGUGGUGCGAGUGGAGGCCCUGCCGACGCCAUCAGACCACAUUCCUGCCCUGAUGACGCGCGUGAAGCCUGUCUACUUGUCUCGCACUUACGAUGUUCCGUUACCUGAAGCCGGGGGGUCGUGGGAACCCGAGGAGUUCUUGGACAAACUGGCCAGAAUGAAAGGCCGUCUCUUGAAGCACGGCGAACCAGAUCUGGAUGCAGUUGCAAAGAUCGUGCUCUCUGAUUGGGUACGAGGCAGAAUCCCGUUCUUUGUGCCCCCGCCAGAGCGUUCCGACGAACUCAACGAGAGUGAGGCCAGGGAGCGGACAAGGCGCGAGAAGGGCAAGGCCAAAGCAGUCCAGUCGUCAGAGGUUCCUGGAGUCCGACAGAAUCUGGGGACCAUCAUGCAGAAAAAUACGUUCGUUGCAGAAGAUGUGCAGCCUCUCCAAGAUCAGUUCGUCGGCCCGGCAAGUGCGGAGGACGAGGUGCCUGAGGAUGAGGCACCGGACGUCGAGGAUGGUUCAGAUGAGGAUCAGGAGCUUACUUGGAAUGAUGUUUGGGAGGGGAUCAAAGAGGAGGAGCCGGCGACCACGGUUGACGAAGCGGACGACGAACUUACACAAAAGAAAGAAGCUCGUGUCAAGACCAACAAGAAAAAAGCCACCAACUUCUACAGCGACGCCAAUGUGAAGAACAAAAAUCGGUCCAAGGCCGCCUUAUUGAAAUCCCUUCCUCGUGGCAAACGGCCAGAGGCGCGUGGGCGGAAGAAAAAUUGAAGGAGAUAGCUGUAGUCCUCCUCCGAUCGAUUAUGUGAACAUGGAGUGGGAGAUGAAAUAUGUCGCACAGUUCUGAACCACGAUCCGAGGAUUCCGAGCGAUGUCUCUGUCAAUGUCAUGUAACAUCCACGACGCAUCUAUGCUGUCACGCCUUUGCUUACACCACCAACUUGCUGAGCUUCCCUCAUUUCUGUGAAUCGUGUCCUCGAUCGUUCAACGCGGCGGCGAUAGCCUGCUGUAACGCGUUGUUUGUCGCUGGCAUUCGCGGGAUGGAAUCAGGUGUACCCCUGGCGCUAGAAGAUCAGAGCUGGACAUCGUCAUCGCUUACCCCAGAAACCACGAGUCGCGUCAAAUCCUGAGUUUCAGAGCCUCCCAGCCGUGGCGUCUCAGCGACGGAGGCGAGAUGGCUCGAAUGCGGAGAUGGUGCCAGUCGGACGUAUGCUCCUGGCUCGUCCCUGUUCUUUUACAACUGGAACUCAGUCGCAGAACGAAUCGCGCGAAGUCCGGCUUGCCACUUCCCUUCUUCCGCUCGUCGAUCCACCUCUCGAUUAGCUCCAUACGUGCUGACGAAGCGAAGCACGGAUGAGUAGGGAAAGGAAGAAGAACGCGCGCCGGUGGUGCAUGCUGUUCGCGCGGGGAUUUUCUGUUCCGGUCACUGUUCGGUGCUUUUGUUGUCCGGCCGUAACUCCGGGUUGAGGAGGGGGAUUUGUCGCUGCUUUGUCGCCUGAGCGUUCGACUUCUGCACGGUUAAUCUGCCCCCAGCAGUCUUCCACUUCCAGGGACCAGAAACCGAAUGCUUCGACGCCCGGAUAUUUUUAACUUCCGUUUGAUGUCUUUGCUCCUUCGUAUGUUUCCUGGUCGGCUUUCUGGAACUGGGCCGGAACAGCGGCUCCUACUUGGACAAUGCAACUUGAAGCAGGGGCAGGGCAUUUGAGGGAAUCGGCUUUCUGCAGAUUUGGGGCUGUGGGAAAGCCUGAGUGCCCGAGAGUAUCGCAGCGAUUGAAUCCGUCCAUCGCGUUGAAAUGAACGGAGACCAACGGGGACGGCAGCCAUGGUUCUCUUCAAGCUACGAUCUUCCGAUGGAUGGCAUGAAGGCUUUGACUUGCUUUCGUUCAAACAUGGCAAGGGGUGACCCUCUCCUGGGACGAGAAGUUUGAAACGAAGGUGAAUGUCGGUACGCAGUGUUGAAGGAACCGCGAGGAUCCCCCUUUGUGGCUGUUUUAACGCAAGACCCGGCGGCCAAUUGUGCUCAACGGCCGCAGAGAGGCGAGGAACCAUCACCUCGAGUCGACCGGGAGAGUAAUCCUACGAAAGUUUCCUUCUUCUAGUCUGUGUGCGAGGAUUCACUGGAUUAACUUCCUUGUCUUGUUGCAAGCAUGCGGUCCAGACCUGCCAAGUCGGGACGACAGGCGGCGCAUUUCGCUUGCCAUCUUGAGCUUCCCGGCGAAACGACGCGGGUAUUUAAUACAAUCCAAACACGCUCUCUUGGCUCCUGUGCACUUUCUUCUCCCUCUUCGCCAUGAACGCACAGUCGUCCGCUGCCAUCAUCGAGGACGACGGGAAGAGACCAAGCACAGAGAUCUCCAACCCUUCCCAUGAUGUCGAAAAAGGCGCCCUCGAAUCAGACGGAAGCAGAGACACCCACAAUCGCUUGUCGGGGGUGGCGAUGUCGACACUCGAGGCCGCUGCCCUACCCGAGUUUGAUGAUCCGAAUCUCGAUAAGGACGCGGCUUUGGUAGGGAUGCUAGAGGAUGAUUCGCCCUACCCUGAAGUGCGCUCCGCGGUAGCGAAUACUGACGAUCCCACGAUCCCUGUUUCGACCCUUCGCGCUUGGACGCUCGGUCUUAUAUGGGCCAUCAUCCUCCCUGGGCUGAACCAGUUCUUCUUCUUCCGCUAUCCGGCAGUCACUGUAACCAGCAUAGUGGCUCAGCUACUGACGUUUCCUCUCGGUCGCGCAUGGGCUCAUCUCGUCCCGCGUCUUUCCGUUCUCGGUAUCGAGCUGAAUCCGGGUCCCUUCUCGAUCAAGGAGCAUGUUCUCAUCACUAUAAUGGCCGGCGUCGGUGCUGGAUCCGCAUACGCCACUGAUAUCAUCGCUGUGCAAAGGGUGUUCUACCACCAACGGUACCCGUUCAUCUAUCAGUGGAUGGUGGUCAUGAGCACCCAGCUCAUCGGCUUCUCGAUCGGGGGCAUCGCUCGCCGAUUCCUCGUCCAGCCGCCGAGCAUGAUCUGGCCCUACAAUCUGGUCACAUGCGCUCUGUUCAACACGCUUCAUGCUCAGCAGUACGCUGGGGUUGGGUCGCGCGGUGGGUUUUCGCGAGAGAAGUUCUUUUAUUUGGCGUUCAUCGCGAGCACCGUGUGGUACGUUGUGCCAGGUGAGGCCCAUUCUCUUGCCCGUCCGGAGGUGCAAGAGUUAAACAACCUUGUUCUAGGCUAUCUCUUCACUGCACUAUCCUUCUUCUCGUGGGUCUGCUGGAUAUUCCCGAAGAACAUCGUCGUGAACCAGCUGUUUGGGGUCAACUACGGUCUGGCCAUGGGGAUGGUCACUUUCGAUUGGGCACAGAUUACGUACAUCGGCUCCCCGCUGGCGACUCCAUGGUGGGCCGAAGCGAACAUUGCAGCCGGUUUUGUCUUCUUUUUCUGGAUCCUGGCUCCAGCGUUAUAUUUCACGAAUACGUGGUAUUCCAAGUUCAUGCCUAUCUCGUCCGGCGGAUCUUUCGACAACACGGGCGCGCCGUACAAUGUUUCUCGAAUCUUGAACGCACACGGUACAUUUGACGAGGUCAAGUACCAAGCUUACAGCCCCAUCUUCCUGAGCACGACCUUCGCGAUCUCUUACGGCUUGUCCUUUGCGAGUAUCACCGCCACGAUCACACACGCGUUCCUCUUCUUCCGAAAGCAAAUCUGGACUCAAUCCCGCCGGGCGAUGCACGAGGAGCCGGACAUUCACGCUCGUUUGAUGGCUGUGUAUCCUCAGGUCCCCGAGUGGUGGUAUGCCAUUAUCUUUGCGACAAUGUUCGUGUUUGGGAUUGUCGCAAUCCAAGUGUGGGAUACCAAGUUCCCCGUGCAGUUUUUCAUUCUGGCGCUCUUCAUCUGCAAUGCUCCAGCGUUCUUCUAUGCCAUUACGAAUCAACAAGUGGGCUUGAAUGUGAUCACCGAGCUGAUUAUCGGAUAUGCAUUGCCCGGCCGUCCUGUUGCGAUGAUGAUGUUCAAGACAUGGGGCUACAUCACUAUGGCGCAGGCCUUGCAGUUCACAUCGGACUUCAAACUGGGACACUACAUGAAGAUUCCGCCCCGGACGAUGUUCCACGCGCAGGUCGUGGCCACGAUCCUCGCUGGCACGGUGCAGCUCGGCGUCCAAGCGUGGAUGUUCACAAACAUCGAGGGCAUGUGCGAGCGAUCGCAGAGAGACGGGUUCUGGUGCCCCAGCACGGUUGUGUUUGGAACGGCGAGCAUCAUCUGGGGCGUAAUCGGUCCUGCAAGACAAUUCUCAUCUGGCCAAAUCUAUUACGCUCUCACGUUCUUCUUCCUGAUUGGAUUUCUCUGCCCGCUCAUCGCGUGGCUGUGCACCCUGCGUUGGCCGAAUAGCUGGCUGCGAUACCUCAACUUCCCGGUCAUCUUCUCGGGUACCGGGCUCAUUCCCCCUGCGAACUCGAAUAACUACGUCCCCUGGGCCAUCGUCGGGUUCCUCUUCCAGUACGUCAUCCGCAGGCGGCAUUUCUCGUGGUGGACCAAAUACAAUUAUGUGCUUUCCGCUGCGCUGGACUCGGGCGUCGCUGUCUCUGCCGUCCUGAUUUUCUUCAUUCUGCAAUAUCCUCGCAACGGGACCAUCGGGCAGUCGACGAUCCAGCAGUGGUGGGGCAACACAGUCUGGCUCAACACGGCGGACGGCGAGAAAACGCCGAUGAUCAGUCUCGCGCCUGGCGAGAGGUUCGGACCGAGUCAUUGGUAG